AGCACUUCUGGGGCAGCGUCUUAUACGGUGUAAGUAUCUGUACACUGCAGCAUUAUUCAUCCCCCAAUCACCGCCGGGCUUUAUCAAUGUGUUACCCAUGCAUGCAUAAUGAUGCUCGAUGAGCACGAUGAAUCUGCAUGAUGCAGUCUACACGGUGCUAAUGGUAAAUUGAAUUUUCCAAGUUGCCGGCUGUGCUAAGGAGGGAGGUUAUCGUAAACAGUAAGCCCGUAACGCGCGGUGCUCGGAUGGGGGCGGUGGAGGAGUGAUUGGGCGCCGCAGGUUGCCGCGAGGAAGACUGCCGUACCAUGGCUGCAAAUGGCACCGUAGAGUCCCUUGUGACCAACGGCAAAGUCACUGUAAAAUACAACGCAGCCAAUAUAGAACCAGAUGACUGCCGAGAUGUUACUAAGGACGCAUGCAGACAUCAUUGUCGAGAACAUCACUGUGUCAACAAGGCCACAGACACCGGGUUUGCAGCGGGGGAGCCCGCACCUAUGGGACUGUGCGGAUACGUCCUGAUGUUCUUCUCCUACAUCCUUGUCGUUCUCACGUUUCCCAUCUCACUCUGCUUCUUUAUAAAGGUUGUCCAGGAAUAUGAGCGGGCUGUGAUAUUCCGACUUGGCCAGCUGGUUCCAGGUGGAGCCAAGGGUCCGGGGCUGAUCUUUAUGCUUCCGUGUGUGGAGACGCAUCGCAACGUGGACAUGCGGACAGUAACAUUUGAUGUACCCCCUCAGGAGAUUCUGUCGAAAGAUAGCGUAACCGUAGCAGUGGACGCCGUUGUAUACUACCGUGUUCAGAACGCAACCAUUUCUGUCACCAAUGUGGAAAAUGCCCAACGAUCAACCCGUCUGCUGGCGGCCACAACUCUGCGAAACGUCCUGGGUACAAAGACACUGGGUGAGAUUUUAACCGAGCGAGAGAACAUCAGCCACCAAAUGCAGACAGCCUUGGAUGAAGCUACCGAUGCCUGGGGUGUGAAGGUGGAGCGAGUGGAGGUCAAAGACGUGCGCCUUCCUGUGCAACUUCAGCGCGCAAUGGCUGCCGAAGCGGAGGCAACUCGUGAAGCCAGAGCAAAGGUCAUCGCUGCUGAGGGAGAGAAGAACGCAUCGAGAGCCCUGAAGGAAGCCUCGGAGGUGAUCUCCGAGUCCCCCGCGGCUCUCCAGCUCCGCUACCUGCAGACCCUCAACGCCAUCUCCGCCGAGAAGAACUCCACCAUCAUCUUCCCACUCCCCGUGGACCUACUGAGAGGAAUCCUCACGCCGGCUUUUGGGUCUAGCGGUAACGUCCACAUGAACGCUGGGCAGAACCCGGGUUCUCAAGCCGGUACUCCACCCGGCGUCUAAAGAAAUAAGUCCACAAUGAAGAGCAGAAGCAAAUGGUAUCCGUGAAUAACUUGUGGCGUAGCCAGUUGUAAAUCGGGUGUU